GCGCAGAGCCGCUGCUGCUGCUGUGAGAGCCGCUAUCAGAGCGCAGGGGUUCAGCCGCUCAGUAUCCAGAGGCCAAGGAGAGAAGCAGGGGUAACUGUCGGGUCCAAACUGGGGUUCCCGCUUCACCUCUGGAACAGAUACACGACCUCCUAACUUCUGUCCCCUAACCCCCAAACGCGCACCCCUGAAGUUCUGCGUUCUAGUUCAGCACACUCGCGCGUGGCACAGACACGCCUGGCGGCAGGUCCGUGCCCAGGGCGAUGCCUGCAAGAGCCCUGGCGGCUGGGUUCAGGCGGAGGGAUUAGGACCCAGCAGGGAGACAGGAAGGCUGCGGAGUUAGAACCGCCCGCCGCACCACGGGCGGAGGCUGCCUGGGCUCCACGCACACCUGCUGCUGCCGCUUUGCCGCGAUGAUCCGGGUGGUCUCACUGCUCCUGGGUGCCGCGCUCCUCUGCAGCCACGGAGCCUUCUGCCGCCGGGUGGUCAGCGGCCAAAAGGUGUGCUUUGCUGACUCGAAGCAUCCUUGCUACAAAAUGGCCUACUUCCAUGAACUGUCCAGCCGAGUGAGCUUUCAGGAGGCACGCCAGGCUUGUGAGAGUGAGGGAGGCAUGCUCCUCAGCCUUGAGAAUGAAGCAGAACAGAAGUUAAUAGAGAGCAUGCUGCAAAACCUGACAAAACCUGGGACAGGCAUUUCUGAUGGUGACUUCUGGAUAGGGCUUUGGAGAAAUGGAGAUGGUCAAACAUCUGGUGCCUGCCCAGAUCUCUACCAGUGGUCUGAUGGAAGCAGUUCCCAGUACCGAAACUGGUACACUGAUGAACCUUCCUGUGGAAGUGAAAAGUGUGUUGUGAUGUAUCAUCAACCAACUGCCAAUCCUGGCCUUGGAGGUCCUUACCUUUACCAAUGGAAUGAUGACAGGUGUAACAUGAAGCACAAUUAUAUCUGCAAAUAUGAACCAGAGAUUAAUCCAACAGAACCUGUAGAAAAGCCUUAUCUUACAAACCAACCAGGAGACACCCAUCAAAAUGUGGUUGUUACUGAAGCAGGCAUAAUUCCUAAUCUAAUUUAUGUUAUUAUACCAACGAUACCACUGCUUUUACUGAUAUUGGUUGCUUUUGGAACCUGCUGUUUCCAGAUGCUACAUAAAAGGAAAGCAAGGAGAAACUUCAUCAAAGACUCAACUCCAUUAUCAUCUGAAUGCCUUGCAGAAAGUUUAAAUUCCAAUCUGUAAAGGAAGAACAAAAACUAGCCCUAAUCAGUCUACCCUGUGGAUUUCAAAGAGUACCAGAAAGGAAAGUGGCAUGGAAGUAUAAUAAUAUCUUAACCUGCCUCCAGAAAACAAAAUUGUUUUAUAAUUCUGGAUCAGUAUAAGGAAUGGCAUCAGAACAUUAGCUUGGAAUGGCUUGAAAUCUCAAAGGACCUGCAAGAUGAACUGUAAGCUCCCCCUUGAGGCAAAUAUUCAAACAACUUUUAUAUGUUUAUUAUUUCAUUUAUAAAAUAUGCUGUGCUAUAAUGGAGUGAGACAUGCUUAUUUUGCUAAAGGAUGCACCCCAACUUCAAGUAAAUGGAAUGGACCAUGCAGAUAAAAUUGCUAUCAACACAUCAAGAGUAUGUGUGUUGGAAGCAGUUAUUUUUAUUUUCUUUCACCUUUCAUAGGUUGUAAUCUAGUUAGAGUAAAGUAAAUUGUAUUGAAAUUUACAGUGUGCAAAAAUAUUUUACCUUUGCAUAAGUGUUUGAUAAAAAUGGACUGUUCUAAUAUUUAUUUUUAUGGCAUUUCAUUUUUCAAUACAUGCUGUUUUGAUUAAAGAAGUAUAUCACUGUUGUUAACUAAAUUCACACAUACUCACACACACAAAUAUACUACCAUGGGGGUAAAAAAUUCUUUUCUAGAAAUUAAUCAUCUUCAUUUGGUUUUUCUGCUUUUGGUUGGACAAUGUUUAGGAAAUAUCUUCAGAAAGAAGCUGUUUUAUUAACUGUGGUAUAAAUCUCCUGAAACACUUUACCUAGAGGCAAGCAUUGUCUAUUUCAAUUGUGUAAGACAUGUGCCUUACAAUAAUUUUUAGUUUAAAAUUCAACAGAUUUUGUAAUAGAAUAACUUUACUAAUAGCUAUAUAAACAGUAAUGCAGUCAGUUGUGAACAAAAGAAGCGACAUACACAGUAUAAAUCAUAUGUCUUCACAUGUUGCCUAUAUAAUUGCAAGUAGCUCUCUGAGGGUUCUGGAAUCAAGGUGGUCCUUCCCUUCCCCACCAAACAAAGGUGGUUGUUUGGGGUUUGGGGUUGACACGGGAGGCAGAUAGCUGCAGCAUUUGCCCUGGCUGAAUUUAGCCUCUCUAAGUAUAUGAAGAGGUCUUAGAGUUGGGACCAGGUGAAUGGUCACCAUCAAUAUGGAGCUAAGCACAGCACAUCAAGUUUUCAGGAUGGGAAAAGUACUACAAAUUAGGUGAAUGAGUGUCACAUGGGUAGGAAGUUAUUAGUGAUUGAAUAUUCAUUGAAGAGGGUUUGUUUGCGCUAGUAAACAGUGGCUCCUUUCUGUCUUCUAAUUUCUUCGAUGCUUAUAACUUGUUCUUCUCAAGAUAGAGUUGUUAACUAUUUGGUCUUCAGAUGUCCCUGUGCUCCUUUUAACCAAAUAAAGAAUCCUUGUUUCUGAAGAAUGA